GGCGUCCCGCCUGCCAGUGACCGAGAUGGCGGCCCCGGCGGCGCGGCGGGCGAGCGGCCCCGCCGGCAGUGUCCGGCGCGGCGGAUGCUGAUGUGGUAAAUGUAGCCAAGCUCUUCCCUACCUCGGAGACAUUCUCUCCUGAGGAGCAGUCUCCUUUUGCUGGACAUGCUUACAGAACUGCACAGCCAUGGACCUCAAGGAGAAGUGUCAGGAUGAGAUGACCUCAAGUUUGGGCCUUACCACAAAGAAAGCCCUCACGAUCCUAAGAGACCAACUGUCAGCUCUGCUGGAGGGGCAUCAGAAGGAACGGAAAAAAGGGUCUUCGUGGAAGGAGGUGUGGAGGAGCAGUUUCCUGUACCAUGGUAACCGCUGCUCCUGCUUCCACUGGCCUGGUGCGUCUCUGAUGCUGCUGGCAGUGCUGUUGCUGCUGUGCUGCUAUGGGAGCCAGCCACAGGGGAGCCAAGGUGCUGAGAUAGUCAAUGCACUGGCACUCUUCCUCCUGCUCCUCUUGGAUCUCCUCAUGAUCGGGCGUCAAGAGAGGCUGAAGUGCAGAGAGGUGGAGAGGAGGCUUCAGACCAUCGUUGAUAAGAUAAACGAUACACUUGGCAAAGAGGUGAAAUGGCCAGACUCCAUGUACCCUGACCUUCACAUGCCUUAUGCCCCAUCCUGGUCCCUUCACUGGGCCUACAGGGAUGGGCAUCUUGUCAACCUGCCCGUGAGCCUCUUGGUGGAAGGAGAUGUUGUGGCUUUGAGGCCAGGCCAGGAAUCAUUUGCUUCUCUGAGAGGGAUUAAGGAUGAUGAGCAUAUAGUUCUGGAGCCUGGAGAUCUAUUUCCACCCUUCUCACCCCCUCCCUCCCCAAGGGGAGAAGUGAAGAAGGGACCUCAGAAUCCUCAGAUCUACCGUCUCUUCCGUGUGUUGAAGACCCCAGUAAUUGAUAAUGUCAGGUGGUGCCUGGAAAUGGCUCUGUCACGGCCCGUGACAGCCCUGGAUAAUGAGAGGUUCACUGUACAGUCAGUGAUGCUGAAAUAUGCUGUCCCUAUUGUGCUGGCUGGAUUCCUGAUCACCAAUGCCGUGCGCUUCAUUUUCCAAGCUCCUGGAAUUGCUUCCUGGCAGUACACUUUUCUUCAGCUGCAGGUGAAUGGUGUCUUACCCAUCCUUCCGUUGCUCUUUCCUGUCCUGUGGAUUCUUGCUACAGCCUUUGGAGAAGCCAGAGUGUUGGCCCAGAUGAGCAAGGCCUCCUCCACCUCACUGCUUGCUAAGUUUUCAGAGGACACUCUCAGCAGCUACACAGAGAUGGUAUCUUCUCAGGAAAUGAUACGCUGUAUCUGGAGCCACUUCCUCUGUGUUUUAAAAGGCAAAUCCCCAACUCUGAGCUUCACUUCCAGCUUGCUCCACAGUCUGGGAUCUGUCACUGUGCUCUGCUGUGUAGACAAGCAGGGGAUUCUUUCCUGGCCAAACCCCAGCCCAGAGACUGUUCUGUUCUUCAGUGGGAAAGUGGAACCACCUCAUGACAGCCACGAAGACCUGACUGAUGAGCUUUCCACACGGUCCUUCUGUCAUCCUGAGAUGGAAGAUGAGCCCCAUGAAAGAGAUGCUUUGCUCUCUGGCCCCCUGGCAGACACAGUGCACAUGGCCAAUGAACAGGAGAGGAACAACUGGUCUGGUGAUGCUCCAAAGGCUCCUGAAGCCUCUGCCCACCGAAAGCCAAACAGCAGAAGCAAACAUCCUUCUGGAUCCAACGUGAGCUUUAGCAAGGACACGGAGGGUGGAGAGGAGGAACAUACUCAGGUUGUUGGAGACAGCGAGGUGUUGGCUUGUGAGGCUGAAGACUUUGUGUGUGACUACCACCUGGAGAUGCUCAGCCUGUCCCAAGACCAGCAGAACCCCUCCUGCAUCCAGUUUGAUGACUCCAACUGGCACAUGCACCUGAAUUCCCUCAAGCCUCUGGGCCUGAACGUGUUGCUCAACCUGUGCAACGCUGGCGUGACCGAGCGGCUGUGCCGCUUCUCCGACCACCUCUGCAACAUCGCCCUGCAGGAGACUCACAAUGCUGUGCUGCCUGUCCAUGUGCCCUGGGGCCUCUGUGAGCUUGCCAGGCUGAUAGGUUUCACACCAGGUGCUAAAGAUCUUUUCAAGCAGGAGAACUAUUUGGCUUUGUAUCGCUUGCCAAGUGAUGAGAUGGUUAAGGAAACCAUCCUGGGGAAGCUUUCAUCCAUCACCAAGAGGAGACCCCCCUUGAGCCACAUGAUUAAUCUGUUUGUGAAGGACACCACUACCAGCACUGAGCAGAUGUUUUCUCAUGGGACAGCUGACAUCAUCCUUGAGGCCUGCACUGACUUUUGGGAUGGUACCGAUAUCUACCCCCUCUCUGGCUCUGACAGGAAGAAGGUGCUGGAUUUCUACCAGCGAGCCUGCCUGUCAGGAUACUGCUCUGCCUUUGCAUACAAGCCAAUGCACUGUGCCUUGUCCUCCCAGCUCAAUGGCAAGUGCAUUGAGCUGGUGCAGGUGCCGGGGCAGAGCGCGAUCUUCACAUGCUGCGACCUCCCCGGGACCACUCCCAUCAAACAGAGCAGCCGCAGGAAUAGCUGGAGCUCAGAUGAAGGGAUUGGGGAAGUGAUGGAGAAGGAAGACUGUAUCCAGGCUCUGAGUGGACAGAUCUUCAUGGGAAUGGUCUCAUCUCAGUAUCAGGCCCGCCUUGACAUUGUCCGCCUCAUUGAUGGAUUGGUCAAUGCCUGCAUUCGUUUUGUCUACUUCUCCCUGGAAGAUGAGCUCAAAAGCAAGGUGUUUGCUGAGAAAAUGGGCCUGGAGACUGGCUGGAAUUGCCACAUAUCCUUAACACCCAAUGGUGAUGUGCCUGGCUCAGAGAUCCCCCCAUCCAGCCCCAGCCAUGCUGGCUCCCUGCACGAUGACCUCCAUCAGGUUUCCCGAGAUGAUGUGGAGGGGCUUCUGCUGAUGGAAGAGGAGGGGCACUCGGAUCUCAUCAGCUUCCAGCCAACAGACAGCGAUAUCCCCAGCUUCCUGGAGGACUGUAACAGGGCCAAACUCCCCCGGGGGAUCCACCAGGUGAGACCUCACCUCCAGAACAUUGACAAUGUGCCUUUGCUGGUGCCCCUGUUCACAGACUGCACCCCAGAGACCAUGUGUGAGAUGAUCAAGAUCAUGCAAGAGUAUGGGGAGGUGACCUGCUGUCUGGGGAGCUCUGCCAACCUUCGGAACAGUUGCCUCUUCCUGCAGAGUGAUAUCAGUAUAGCCCUGGACCCUCUCUACCCAUCCCGCUGCUCCUGGGAGACCUUUGGCUAUGCCACCAGCACCACCCUGAGCAAUGGCUCUGAGGAGCUCACCCCACUGCAGCUCUCAGGGCAGCUCAACAGCCUGCCCUGCUCCAUGUCCUUCCGCCAAGAAGAGAGCACCAGCAUCAUCAGGCUCAUAGAGCAGGCCAGGCAUGCAACAUAUGGGAUCCGCAAGUGUUUCCUCUUCCUGCUGCAGUGCCAGCUGACCUUGGUUGUCAUUCAGUUCCUCUCCUGCCUGGUGCAGCUGCCCCCCAUCCUCAGUACCACAGACAUUGUGUGGCUCUCCUGUUUCUGCUACCCACUGCUCAGUAUCUCGCUCCUGGGCAAGCCUCCCCACAGCUCCAUCAUGACCAUGGCAACAGGAAAAAACUUGACUUCCAUUCCCAAGAAGACUCAGCACUACUUCCUGCUCUGCUUCCUGCUGAAAUUCAGCCUGACCAUCUGCUCCUGCCUCAUCUGCUUUGGGUUCACCCUGCAUGAGUCCUGCAAAGGGGUGAACACGACCAGCCUCAACCUCACAGUCUGCUCCUCCAUCAUGCUGCACAGUAAUGCUUAUGGUGCUCCUGAUUGGUUUGGAACAUUUUCCAAUGCUCUCCUGGUAGCCCAGAAGCUCACAGCUGGCCUGAUUGUUUUACACACAGUGUUCAUAUCCAUCACCCACGUCCAUCGCACCAAGCCCCUGUGGAAGAAGAGCCCCCUCUCCAACCGUUGGUGGACGCUCACUGUGGCUGUUGUAGUGCUGGGACAAGUGGCACAGACUGUGCUGGACCUGAAACUCUGGGAAAACCUAAACUCUUCUUUGACCUUUAACCACGUCUCCAUCUCUCCAGUCGCAUGGCUCCUGGGUUUUCUUUCCUUGGUCCUUGUGGUUAUUAUCAAUGAGAUUGUCAAGCUGCAUGAAAUCAGGGUCCGUGUCCGUUACCAAAAGAGGCAGAAGUUGCAGUUUGAAACCAAGUUGGGGAUGAAUUCUCCAUUUUAAAAGCACCCAGCUCAAGUUCCCUGGAGCCAGGGCCAAACAGCCACUGGGAGAGUGGCUGCACCAAAGGCUCAGGGAAUUUUCCGUCACACAUGCAAACCAGACAGCCUCCUGGCAAAACUACAUCUGCACCUUCCCGGGGCCCCAGGCAGAGAUCCCCCCACAGGUAUGCAGCCCCUUCCCAGCCUACCAGGUACCUUCACAGAAACCUGCAAGCUCUGAUGCCUGUUCAGGCUGCUCUUCCUUUAUUUAUUUAUUACUGGAGGUAUUUGUUAGUACCAUGGUGAUGCUAAAAUGAAGCGGCUCCUUUCCUCUUUGUGAACAGAUGGGUUUCCUGGGCCUGGCAGGAGAAUCUGGGACCAGUAGGGCUGCUGAAGCAGGAGAUCUCUAUUGAAACCCGUUUUGGUUUUCCACUUCAGCUUGCUGUCUGUGUGUACGUGCCUGUGCAUGCCCUUCCCGCCUCCCUGCCCUGUGUCUGGGGCAAAGGAGCCAUCCCUCUUGCAGUCCCCAGAGUGCUGGGAGCUCACAUUCCCAAGGGGACAGUGGAAAAGGGUCUCUGAACAGCCAGGCUGGGCCAGCCCUGCCCUCUAGUGUCGUUGUCACAGCCAUGUGCUGGCUGUGCCAGAAGAUGGAUGAGACAGGGCUUUAGGAAAAGCUCCCUGUGAUCCUCUGUUCCGCUGCAGAGGGAGGGCAGCUCUGCCUGCCUGCCUGCAAGGAGCCAGCAUGGCUCAGCUUCCUGCAGCCCUGUUCAACCAGCUUUUAUGUUCUUUACCAACCCCCAGAGAGGUUUUAUAGCUGCUCUCCUGUUUGUGAUCCAAACUGCUGUUCUGCUUCAGUAAUGUGCCUGCUUGAGAAAACCACAGCUCAAGAUAAAGCCUGAGCCCUGACUAUCCUGCCUUAGAGGGAGGGGAUGUCUUUCCAGGCAGGAUCUCUACAACUUGCAGUUGUGUCUAAUACAGAGCUGGUGAAUGGCUCAUUUCCCAAUCCAGGACUGAGCUGUAUCCAGUUCUUGCUCUCCAAGGCACAGGGAACCCUGCCCAAUCAUGUCUGUCUGUGAUAGUGCUGGGAAGUCUCUCCCCUCUGUGCUAAUGGCUUCACACAGAACCACAGAAUGAGCGAUCAAUUUCCUGAGCGAGCUAGGAAGGCACAAGGCCUCAGCUAUGCAUCAACACUGGGACAAAAUUGAAGAGAAAAAUGUGUGGACAAUGGUUUGGGUUGGAAGGGGCCAUAAAGCUUAACUUGUUCCACCCCCUGCCAUGGGCAGGGACACCUUCCUCUACCCCAGGGUGCUCCAAGCCCUGUCCAACCUGACCUUUAACAAUUACAGGGAUGAGGCAGCCAUAACCUCCCUGGGCAACAUCUGCUCCGUGUUUUUCUGGCGGUAUCUUUGUUUGCCUAGGGGGACCCUCCCCUGAGGACUGUGGCAAACCAUGAUCUGCCCCAGUGCAGCACACAAGCUCCUGAGCUCUGACCAGACCCCAUCUGUACUGAGAGCACUGGUCCUGUUGUGGGCUGACAGCCAAGGGCCACACAGGAGCACACAGGCUUGGCUACCAGAAUAUUUGGAGGUCCUGGAGAUGUUGACUCUAGUUCUAAACACUGACUAAAGCUGGUAAAUCCUGGCUCUGUUUUUGAUCCCAACAUUAACACUACAAUAUUUGGCUGUUACUUCCUCUUUGGUACCUGAGAUUAACAAGUGGCAGCUGAUCCCUCCUGGGCAGGCAGGGAGCUGGCUGGAACCCCCAGGCUCUGCCCUGCUGCUCCACCUUGUCUUCCUCACUUUUCAGCAUAACCAGAGAGCAUGGGCACAGCUGAGUGUCUCUAAGCAAUACCCUCACCCUGCUGUGGGGCUGGUAGAGGAGCAGAGCUGGGUACAGCCAACUCCUGAGCUCUGGGAAUACACUGAGAGUGCUGGAGGGGGGCAGCUAGGGGUGUUCCAAGCCCUGGACCUAGUUCCUGCAGCUGGGGGGCAGAUGUGGAGAUCCCAUGCUGGCAGGAUUGCACGGGAUAGGGAGCCAGCAGCUCCCUGGUGAAGCACAGGCCUCCUCCCUGGCACCACAAGUGUCUGCCCACCUUUGCCAGCCAGGCUGGACUGGCUCACUCCCCUGGUACCUGCAGGGCUCAGGGAGAACAAGCUACACCUUUCUCAGCCUCAAUUCACUAAAUGCCAGCUCCAGAUCUGUGACACCUGGCCCCUUAGAAAUCACUUUCCUUCCUGAUGCCAGGGUUGGAUCACAAGUGGGAUAUGAUCUCCUCUGUGGCUGAACUGAGCUGGAGUGAGAGGCAGCACAGAGCUGCUCACUGCUGUCCCAGCUUUCCCCCCACCCAGACCUCAGCUCUUGUCCUGUGCCAUGAACUGUUGUAGGUGUUAAAAAGCAGCAGAUUCCAGGGCUUCCUGCUGGCCACACCUUCCUCUAGAAGAGGCACCUUCAGGGUUUCUUCUUCUGGGUGAUCACAAAUGUUUAUUUUCCUGCAUCCUCCUUCCCCAGCUAGACUUGGAGGGAGCUAAAGUGUAUGAAUGGAGCCUUUAGGAUGGUCUUGCCAGUGCCACCCUUCCCUCAGCUAUUGAAGUGUCUAAGGGUCAGAAUGCAUGGCUUCAGAAGGAAAUUUCCUACAUCAAGAUGUUUUUAAAUGCUGUAUAUUUUAUAUUAAAUUUUUUGGGAUGUAUGUAAAAAUAUUUCAUUUGUAUUAAAACUUGUAAAUUGUAUAAAAAAGAAAAAAAAAAAAGAAACAAACCUAGACCCACAAGCAUCCAGUAUAUGAAUGGCAAUAAAUGAUUGUU